AAAGGAUGUUAUCUAUUAGUCAAGGAAAAUAGCAGCACGUUUCAACAUGGGUCUCUUGUGUUUACUAACGAGUUUAAUUUUAAUUGUAAAUACAAAUGAAGCGGCUAGAAUAUUAGGAGUGUUUCCAACGCCUUCAAUCAGCCACCAAGUAGUGUUCCGACCUCUGAUUCAGGAGCUAGCUAAGAGAGGGCACGAUGUCACCGUCAUCACAACAGAUCCCGCCUUCCCGAAAGGAGGAGCACCUGCUAACCUGACAGAAAUUGACGUCCACGAUAUCUCAUACAACAUUUAUCAAGAGAUCAUUAACGACAUACCAAGAGGGAACAAAAAUGAUGUUAUACAUCAAAUGGAAGAGUCCUUACCCUUUCUUACUAAGAUUGUCGAUAAACAACUGAACGAUGAAGCUGUGCGACGUUUGAUUGAAGACAAAAAUAAGAAAUUUGAUUUGUUAAUUUUGGAAGCUUGGGUUAGACCCGCGUUGGGGUUCUCGUAUCUAUACGAUGCGCCUGUGAUUCUUAUGAGUUCUCUGGGCGCUAUGUUUGACAAUAGCGCAACAGUAGGGGCUCCAACACAUCCUAUACUUUAUCCAAGCAUUUUUCGUCAAAAACUGAAGAAUCUUUCCAUGUGGGAGAAAAUAUGGGAAUUGUAUACCCACUACAAAAUUCUGGAUAUACAUUAUCAAAAUAGACACUUCGAAGAUCAAAUUCUGAAGAAAAAUUUUGGACCCGAUAUCCCAUCAGUAUUAGAACUAAACAAUAAAGUAGAUAUGCUGUUCUUGAAUGUGUAUCCAGUGUUUGAAGGUAUUCGGCCAGUUCCACCGAAUGUUAUUUACACAGGAGGCCUGCACCAAAACCAGGAAAAGGAGUUACCUAAGGAUCUUAAAUCAUAUUUAGACUCUUCAAAAAAUGGUGUGAUUUACAUCAGUUUUGGCACCAACGUAGAUCCAACUCAAUUGCCUCCAGAAAGAAUCCAAGUGCUAGUGAAAGCAUUCUCUCAGUUGCCUUACGAUGUGUUAUGGAAGUGGAACGGAGACGAGCUGCCUGGCCGUACUGAAAACAUUAGAAUCUCAAAGUGGUUGCCGCAGUCAGAUUUACUCAAGCAUCCCAAAAUCAAAGUGUUCGUAACACAAGGAGGUCUACAAUCUACAGAUGAAGCUAUAACUGCCGGCGUUCCAUUGAUUGGAGUUCCCAUGCUGGGCGAUCAGUGGUACAAUGUGGAGAAAUAUGAAUAUCACAAGAUUGGUGUUCGAUUGGAUUUGGAUGACAUUACAGUUGAAAAUUUCAAAAACACGCUCCUUAAAGUUAUGGGAGAUGAAAGCUAUCGUCAGAAUAUAAUCAAACUGCGUGGUCUGAUGCGUGACGAGGUGCAGACUCCACUGGAGCGCGCCGUGUGGUGGACGGAGUACGUGCUGCGGCACGGCGGCGCGAAGCACCUGCGCUCGCCCGCCGCCAACAUCUCGUGGUGGGAGUAUCUAGAACUGGAACUGGUGCUCACAUUAUUAGCAGGACUCGUCAUCAUUGUGACUGCACUGGUUUUGAUACUGUUUGCAUUAUACAAACACUUCUUAAAAUACGCCGCAAGUAUUAAAGUGAAACGUGCUUAAAUGUAGUAAAUAAUAAAAGUGAAG